AUGGGUGGCGACGAGGAAAUAUGCUCAAUGGCGAGGACUCAACCGAUUUGUACUUUGCAGGAAUUGUUGCAAUGGAAUGAGAAUGAGGUUUCAAGAGAGUUAAUUGGUGAAAAAUUGGAAAAUUAUAAGGGAAGACGCGGAAAUCGAGAAACACUUCUAUGUCAUGAUAUGAGAGGUGGUUAUCUUCCUGAGGAAAGAUUGGAAGGUUGUGUUAUAAACGAAUUAACAAAUCCCUAUAUAUUUUUUCACUGGUGGUACAUCGAUAUAUUCGUAUAUUUUUCUCAUAAUUUCAUUACAAUUCCAACUGUCGGAUGGAUUAAUCAAGCACAUCAGCAUGGUGUUUUAAUUUUGGGGACUUUUAUCACUGAAUGGAAAGAUGGUGAAAAAUUAUGUGCGGAACUGUUCGAUGUUGAAACCGUGGUAAAUGUUGUAAUGAAUAUGGUAAAAAUAGCAAAAAAAUAUAAUUUUGACGGUUGGCUUAUCAAUAUUGAAAACAAAAUCAAGGAGGAUUGUCUAGAAUCAUUGGCUCUAUUUUUACAAUUACUUACUGAUGAAAUGCGGUUUGCGAUUGGUGAACGAAGUCGAGUUAUUUGGUAUGAUUCGGUGACUGUUAAUGGGGAAUUAAAAUGGCAAAAUGAUUUGAAUAAUAACAAUUUACGAUGGUUUAAUUUGACAAAUGGUAUAUUUUUGAAUUAUGCAUGGGAAAAAGGCAAUUUAAAAAAUAUUGCAAGUCGAGCAAAGCAAAGAAUCAAUGAUGUUUAUGUUGGAGUUGAUUGCUUUGGAAGAGGAUGCCAUGGAGGAGGUGGAUGGAAUUGUUAUGAAGCAUUUGCUUGUGCUCGUGAAAAUAAUUUAUCUGUUGCGCUGUUUGCUCCUGGAUGGAUAGCUGAGAAUUUCCUUCAUCGAGAUAUCAUUAUGAACUCAUUGAGAUUCUGGGAUCGAUUGGCUUCACUUGUUUCCUCACAUCCUGUCAUUACCUUACCUGUUCAUACAAAAUUCUCUGUCGGAUUAUUUUCCGAUAACGAUAAAACGCGUUUCAAACGAAUAUCAGGCGAACUUCAACCUUUUUAUCUCGCUAGUGGGUUUUUCCCUCAGUCUGGAGCUGCCAGUUUAAUUCUGCCUGGCCCUGGUUUGCACAAGUUGACAUUUUGA